AUGAUGAAAAUACCAAACCUUCUUCUUAUGGUUAUCUCCAAUAACACUACAUUAUUCUUCAUUAUAUUGACAAUCUUCAUUUCUAUUAUUCUUAAGAAAUGGAAUACUAGUGUAAGAAAUUACAAUAAACCAUUUCCUCCAGGUCCAAAAUCAUGGCCUAUAAUUGGAUGUCUUCCUCAAAUAUUUCUAAAAAAUAAGCAUGCUUUAAUUAAUCGAAUACACAGAAUUAUGGAGGAAAUGAACACUGAAAUCGCUUGCAUUCGUGUUGGUAAUUAUCAUGUUAUUCCUGUAACUUCUCCUGAACUUGCUUGUGAGUUCUUGAAGAGUCAAGACUCCGUUUUCUCAUCUAGGCCUAUUUGUAUGUCCGCGAACCUUAUUAGCAAUAACUAUAUAGCUUCUGUUUUCCUCCCCAUUGGUGAUCAAUGGAUGAAAAUGAGAAGGAUUCUUGCUUCUCAUGUGCUAUCACCAACAACAUUUCAAUGGCUGAGUUGUAAAAGGGAUGAAGAGGCUGACAACCUUCUUCGAUUCGUUUACAAUAAUCAAUGUAUUAGUAUUAAUUUGAGGAAAGUCACAAGAUGUUAUUGUGGAAAUGUAAUUAGGAAUAUGAUUUUUAGUAAGAAGUCAUCAUUUGGAAGUACUAUAGAAGAAGAGGAGCAAGUUGAUGCACUUUUUACACUUCUUGAAUAUCUUCAUUCUUUUGGUGUAUCAGAUUAUUUACCAUGGUUAAGUGUAUUUGAUUUGGAUGGUCACAAGGCAAUUAUCAAGAAAGCAUAUGCUAAAGCAACAAAAUAUAUUGAUAUUGAAGUUGAUAAGAGGAUACAAAUAUGGAAAGAUGGCAACAAAACUUUGGAAGAGGACAUUCUUGAUGUUCUUAUUAUGCUCAAAGAUACAAAUGGAAAUCCAUUGAUGAAUGUUAAAGAGAUUAAGGCACAAGUUCUUGUAAGUAUACUUAUAUUCAAUUAUUAA